CUUGGUGGGAGAGGUGGAUUUGGCCUUUUGGGAGUGCUAGUUUAUGCUAGUUACCUCGUUCGUCUAUUUAGCUAUUUUCCUUCAAAACCUUCGUUUUUAAGACACGAUGUUAGUCAUCUGCCACAUUCGUCACGGCCCCAAAAUAUCCCCUAUAUUACCCCAGAACGGCAUGUGGAUAAAAAUUUAACAUAUGUAUGUGGUUUAAUUUAAUAAUUUUAGAAUUUUGAGCUUUUUUACUUUUCCAAAGCGAUAAUAGAACUGGGAAUCUAGAAGAUAUAGGUGUAGCAAAGCCUCUGAGAUCACGAGGGGCGCCGAGGAGUCUUCACCAAUCAUUACCGGCUGUCCCGUCAACUUCAGUCUCAUCAUCACCAGAAUCACCAACAAAAAUAAACCCCACUGCACUUCUUUCAUCUGAUUUUGUUAUAAACAGACAUAUCACAUUCGGUCGUUUAGUAGAAAUUAGAAGCACUUUAGUAAAAAUGAGGGAAAAAUCCUCGGUGGAGUCGUCGGUCUUUUUCUGAGAAGUGAACACCUUGAAGUAAAUCAUGGACAACUGGGUCGAGCUUUUGGCCUUCGGAGUCGACGCUAUCAUUUUCGGCAUCUGCAGCAAGCUUUAUCUAAAGUACAACUACUCAGCCCAACUGGUCGAGCAAUCCCAGAGGCUAGGGAUAAAUCCAGAUUAUUAUGACCUAGAUGAAACAACACGCAAAUAUGUGAUUUAUCAAGGAACGGUGAAGGCCAUUGGACGGCCGAUCAGGGGCCUAUACGCACCGGACAUAACAGGUGUUGUUCAGCGUUUGACUAUUAAGGAGCAUGCCAUCGCCCGUAACACAUCGGGCUUCUGGUCCGAUCAAAAGAAUAUUAUACAUGAGUCGUACAACCUUGUGCCGUUUAUGAUUGAGAAGGGCUACAUCCAGAUACUUGUCACGGAUCCACUUGGUGCAGAGAUUCUAGACCUUGACACAAUUUAUAACAAGUUUGAGAACAGUUCGCUGAGCGUUAUGGACCAUGUUAUCAGUUUUUUCAAUGGAAUUAGACAACGGGGUAUUGGCACUACUGAAGAACUGUUGAAAGAAGGAUCAUUCAUGACAGUAAUUGGUGAAAUGACUAAAGGUCCAGAAGGCGAGCUGCAGUUAGGGCCAUCUACCUUGGGAUAUCCUUAUUUUAUAACUUCAAUGCCUGUUUCCUGUCUGCUUAGAAAUUUGAAAGAAAGUCGUGCUACUUAUAAAUGGCUGUCUUAUUUAUUUGGCGGUAUUGGCAUCAUCUUUUCAUUCAUUCUUGCAAAGAAAUGGUGGAUUGCUAGACAAAAUAAAAUCAGGGAUGAAGAGGUGAAAAAACGGAUAGAAGAGAUGAGGAAGGAGAGGAGGAAAAAUGCCCGUCGGUCUUGCGAGCUAUCAGAAAAUGAAAAGUGUGUCGUGUGCAAAGAAAACCCAAAAGAAAUAAUAAUACUGCAAUGUGGACAUGUGUGCAUAUGCGAGGAUUGCAGCGAGGUAAUAAAGACACAGUGCCCUGUCUGUAGGGCGACAAUAUCAAACAAGGCGGCAGCGUUUAUAUCCUGAGACAAGGCGAGGGUCACAAGAAACAGAUGGGUGAGUCGAAAAAGAGAAAAAAAAAUGUAUUUAUAAAAGUGUACAGGGGCCCACUGAGAGAAUUCAAUUCUGCCAUCUAGAACAGAAAGAAAAAGAUUAACCAGUUGUUUGAAAAUAAAGUGCUUUAAAUCUA